UCCAAAGAAUCUCUCCAGCAGCUGUUUGAAUGUGUCUAUGAAGCUCAGGAAGAGGAACUUACUCAGUGCUUCCUGCAGAAAGAUGAACUCCACCUUCAUGUUGUGUUUAAUCAGAGAGAUUUAUGAGAGCGGUUCGGCUGGAUUUGUGUCCAGUCUUUUGAGUUCAGUGGAGAACUUCAUCAACCUGCAGAGCAGAGAGCUGAACUCUAUUGACUGUGAGGCCCUGCGCUUUAUACUACAACACUGUACUGCAGUUUCACUCAACCUGCUGUGGACCUCCAUACCAGAAGAGGAGCUAGAGAGCAUUCUGUAUCUCUUCAAUCAUGUCUCCAACCUUAGGUUUUUGUAGUUUUCUUUUUAUUGCUCUGUUUUAACUUCUUUUGAUUUAACCCUUGUGCGAUC